AAAAAGGCUAAAAGGGGACGGGGAGGGAAAGGCCAGGCACCGAAGCUGGCCCAGCUGGUAGCACUAAGGCUAUUUAAUAGUACUAGGAAGAAGUAGCGACUCCAUUGUAGGUAAUUAGUAGUACAAUGUGCAGCAUAGCUAUCAUAGGUCAGAUGAAGAAGUAGCUGUCAUAGGUCAGAUGAAGAAGUAGCUUCGUUUCGCUUUCCUCGUCUAACAGCAUUGCCGCCGAUAUCCGAUUACCUGAGUCUGAAGCAGAUAGAGAAGAAGGACAAGGACGAGCAGAAACUGGUAGGCCACCUGUAUAGUCGCAUCCGCACUGGCAUCUCUAACAAGGCUGGUCCACAGCAAUCUAACAAGGAUGAUCCGCGAUAUUUGUAUGCGAAGAUGCCCACUGGCAGUGAGAUGCCUACCGUUUUCCGAUAUCUCAUUGAGUUCUCCGACAAAGACACCAGUCGCGUUGAUGACAAAGCAGACAACAUUAAGAUUCAGGGCAUUUUUGAUUAACAUCAACGAGAACGAGAACGACCCAUCUGCAUCUCCUACGCAUGAUCUUUUAACUACUUAGUUCGUUUGAUCUCCUUGAACAAAACUCAUAACUGCUAAGAGAUGUAAGAUCAAGAUGCCUGUUUUAGCUACUAGUUUGAUCUACAACUUCAAAACUCUAACUGCUUGGACGAGGAGGAGGGAGUGGGUGUCAUUUUGGGAACAGACCCGAUGGACCCAUCGGACUCGAUUAUCUUGAACCGCGUGAGUUUGCGCAUAUCAAAGAGCAGCAAGGAGCAUCCUGUUGAGUAUUAUGGACCUUCGUUAGUAGUAGAUAAUCAUAAGUUUAAGUACGUCUUGACGGAUUUCCUGGUUGUUUUCCUAGGUUGGGCUCCACUGGAAGUAUUCAAUCAGUUUUGUGGUUUAUGCGUUCGCCUGUUCACUUAUCAAAAGCAUGUUGUCGCUGCUAUCGCAGCAUGAACAGAAGGAUACCCUUGGAGGUUGAUCUUCAUCUUUUUCUAGUUAUACUUGAGAAAGGUAAAAGCAAAUGCUACUUGAAAACGUAAGUAUUCUUUAGAUGCUUAAUCUUAAGAAAGAAGCCUUCAAGGGUAUGACCACUCUACUCACCCUCAAGGAAAAUUUGCAAUAUUACUUUACUAUGUAUAAGAACUCUAAAGGUACAUCCGCACAUGAGGAAGCAGUAACCUAAGCGCUAGUAACACUGAAUAAGAGCACUAAAAACAAGUAAUAUGUGUUCAACUAGAAAAACAAGAAUAAGAGGAGAGCUAAAAACAAGACACAUCAAAAGCUUGAUCCGAUCAUAAAUUUCUUAUUAUGUAUAAGAACUCUAACUUUUUUAUUAUAACUACUGGCGAACAGAACAAGAACAAGAACAAGCCGCAACUGUCAGUGCGAGCUUUUUCCUCG